CCUACGAGAGGCUCACAGGUUACCCACCUUGGGAUAAUUUUAUCCCUUUUCUCCUCCGCUGCCCUCCGGCUAUGGAUUUGGUCUCAGGGACCGGAGUAGCUUCAGGAUUCACCGCUCGGCCUCGCCGGAGCGCCGCCUUGGGACCCCGGCGCCCAAGUUCCCUCCUCUUCCCAAAAUGCCCCCGCCUCUCUCUGCACGCUCAACGCACUUCUCUAGUUGCUCGUGCGAAGAAGAGGGGCUCUGUCGCCCAACCAAUCCUCGACGAGGAAGGAGGAGGAGAAGGAGGAAGAGACGAUUAUGCUGAGGAUUUUGGCGAUGAAAUACUGGUGGAUGAUGAUGAGGCUUUUGAAGAUGAAUUUGAGAUGGAUGAUGCAAAACUAUAUGUAGGAGACGGAGGUGAAGGUGGUGGAAUAUCUCUUGCUGGUACUUCGUGGGACAAGAAGGCAUUAAGUCUGGCAGAAAAAGUUUCAAUGUCAUUUGAUGGUGACUUGAAAAUAUAUGCUUUCAAGACCACUGUAAAUUCUACCAUCCGGGUACGAAUUGAAAAGCUCUCGAGUAAGUAUGGCUCUCCCAGUAUGACCGAUAUCGAGGCUUUCUCUUCUGCCUAUCAAGAGCUCUUAGAUGAAGCUGGGCUUGCUGGCACUAUUCCAGAAAAUUUAUCGUUGGAGGUAUCUUCUCCCGGGGUUGAAAGGGUCGUUAGAAUCCCUGAAGAGCUUGAAAGAUUCAAAGAGAAGCCCAUGAAAGUGAGAUACACCAUCAACAACGCUGCAUCUGAUUCCCCUCAAGAAAGUGAAGGAAUAUAUAAGCUUAUUUCUUUCGAUUUGGAUUCUCAAAAUUGCACUUGGGGUAUAGCAGAUGUGAAGGCGAACAGAAAACAAGCAGGAAAGGGGAGACCACUCACCAAGAAACAGAGGGAAUGGCGGUUGCAGACGCCAUUUGAUUCAUUGAUUUUGGUCAGAAUACACUCUGAUUGUUGAAUGUGUGUUUUUCGAUUUUUGAAAUAUAUGAAAUAAGUAGUUAUGGUGGGUAGAUGAUAGUGUAGUUUUACAUUUUUUUUUGCACAAAAAUAUGAGUCGUGAUGACUAGAAAUUUAGUAGUUUCUGCUAAUGAUGCGAAAACUGAAGUAUAUGGUUUGAUUGUGUGCUUACUUAAUAUUAGGCUAAACUUCAAUAGAGAUCCCGACGUAUUGAUUAAAUAUUAUUUGGGUUCUUAAUGUUUGAAAGCCAU